CCCAAAUCACACAUAUCAGAUCGCAAUGGCGGCCGCAGUGUCGCAAACCACGCCUUCGGGCCUGCAGAAUGUCUCCGCGCUAUUAGAGACUCUUACUACUUGUCUGAACAACAUUGGCUCGUCUCUUCCCAAAGCCGAACGGGAAUCGCCCUCGGACGUGUCGAUCGAGCCGCCGCAAGACGGCAUUUCACUUCUCGAUACCAAGUCCGACCUACUCUUGUCCUACCUACAGAACCUCGUCUUCCUGAUCAUUUUCCAACUGAGGGGCCUCAAGAAAGAUGAAGAGGAUGAGUCCGAUGAGUCGCUCCCGGACGACAUCGUUAAGAAGCUUGUCGAGCUACGCGUCUACCUGGACCGCGGUGUCCGCCCGCUGGAAGGCCGACUGAAGUAUCAGGUGGACAAGGUCAUCAAGGCCGCGGAGGAUGCCGAGCGGGAAGAGCGUGGAGCGGCGUCUACAGGCAAGAGCAAGAAAGCCAAGGGCUCCGACGACGAGGAGUCUGGAUCAGAGGAGGGCAGCAGUGAAAGCGAGGGCGACAGUGAGGAGGAGGACGAGGAGGAUAUUGAUGAGAUGGCAUACCGACCCAACGUCUCGGCCUUCUCGAAGAAGGUGGAACCCCAGUCCAAACCCGACAAGCUCAGCAAACAGCCCGCCAGCGAUGGCAUCUACCGACCACCCAGAAUCAUGCCUACCGCUCUCCCCACAACCGAACGCAAAGAGCGCCGCGAGCGUCCCGCACAGCGAUCGAAUGUCAUUGAUGAGUUCGUUAGUGCGGAGAUGUCGUCCGCUCCUAUGACAGAGCCUAGCAUCGGUAGCACGAUUGUGCAGGGCGGCAGACACACCAAGUCGAAGAAGGAACGCGAGAGGGAGGCCGAGCGCACCACCUACGAAGAGACCAACUUCGUGCGGUUGAUGAAGGAAAGCAAGAAGGACCGUGCCAAGCGGUUGCGUGCCGAGGGUCCGCAGAACCAAUACGGAGGUGAAGAUUGGAGGGAUCUUACCGCGGGUGCCGACCGGAUCACGAAGCUCACCCGGCGGGCCAAGGGAAGCGGCAAUGCAUUGGACAGGAGUCGGAAGCGCAAGGUCACCGAGGAUGGACAGCGGGACGAUGGAGUGGGAGUUGGGCAAAUCUUCGAGAAGCGGCGCAAGAAGGUCGACAGCUGGAAGCGGUAAUUCUGUGGUGUAUUAUUUUCAUUUUGCAGAUAACAUUCGAU